AUGAAAACAUGUUACUAUGAGCUUCUAGGAGUUGAUACUGCUGCAUUAGAAGCAGAUCUCAAGAAGGCUUAUAGGAAGAAGGCUCUUCAGUUGCAUCCCGAUAAGAACCCAGGGAAUGUAGAGGAAGCCACUGCACAGUUCAAUCUUGUACGGGCAGCUUAUGAGGUGCUCAGUGAUCCUCAAGAACGAGCGUGGUAUGAUUCGCAUAAGAACCAGAUCUUAAGAGACGAUGAUGACAUAGGCUUAGACGGAAAUAACUAUGAUGGUGAUGAGAUGGUGAUACCUCUGAUUUCUGUGGAAGAUAUCUAUCGAUACUUCAACCCAAGCAUGUACACUACGUUUGAUGAUUCUAGUCAUGGGUUCUACAGCAUAGUCAAUCUUUUGUUUGAGAGAUUGGCUCGGGAAGAGGUUCAACAUGGUAAGUACCAGAACCUACCCAAAUACGACAGAUACAAGGAUGAUGACUCUACUGCCAAUGUGACGAGUCGCGAGUUCUUACUCUUCCCCCGAUUUGGUAACAGUAAUUGCGAAUUCGUAGAGGUUAAGGAUUUUUACGGCGCAUGGGGAAAUUUUCAAACGGUCAAGACAUUCAAUUGGAUGGACGAGUAUCGGUAUUCGCAUGCGCCCGAUCGUCGCACCAGACGGCUAAUGGAGCGGGAGAAUAAGAAGCUUCGAGACGGGGCGAGGAAGGAAUACAACGAGACCAUCCGGAAAUUUGUAGCGUUUGUGAAGAAGAGAGAUCCUCGGUACAACGAUGGGUUGAAGAAUUGGGAGAAACAGAAACGAUUGCAACGUCAACAGGAGAUUGAAAAACAACUACUCCAACAACACCAAGCCAACUUGGAGACGUUGGCGCGGAAAAACAACUAUGAGGUCCAGGACUGGCAACAGUUGUCGGCCAAAGAGGUUGAGGAGUUGGAAGUGUUGCUUCAAGAGGAAUAUGCUUCUGUAGACACUGAUCUGGAGUUCGCUGAUAGCAAUGACGAAGGGGACCUGGCCACCGAAGAAGAGAACAUUUUUGAGUGUAUCAUAUGUAACAAGUCGUUCAAGAUGGAACGCCAGUUUGAGGUACAUGAGAACUCCAAUAAGCAUAAGAAGUUGGUGAAGAAGUUGAAGUGGGAAAUGAGGAAGGAGGGAAUCGAACUUGGCAUUGAUAAGGACGACAUUGAUUUGGACGAGUUUGAGACAGCGGAGGAGGAUAAUGAUUAUGAUAGUGAAGAGAAGAAUCAUGGUGAUAGUGAAGAGGAGGAAGAAGAUGCGCAUGUUAAGACUCAAGAUGAAGGUCUUACAUGGGAUAUUCAUGAAGAACAUACCAGUAGGCUUGAAUACGAGGUUGAUGACGUUAUUGACUCAGAUAUAGAAGUAGAACAAAGCUCGUUUGUUCAUACACCAAAGCCAAAGAAGAACAAAAAGAAACCAAUUCCCGAAAUGGAUCUUGGUCUUGAAGAAGUUGAUGAUGAAUUGAUCAAAUUGGCCAAGGGAAUGAAAUUGGAAUCUGAUGAUGAUGAGGACUGGAGUGUCGGAUCCAACAAGAGGAAAGUUAAGAAGAAGAGGACACCUAAGGAGUCAAGUACAAGUACAAGAGAAGCUACACCACUUGAAGCUGAGUCUAAAAUUGAUAUUACUGUAUCUAACGGUGCUGAACUAUGUGCGAUAUGUAAACAGGUGUUUGCUUCAAGAAACAAGUUGUUUCGCCAUGUUAAGGAAACAGGACAUGCUGCUCCUCCCCGCGAAGUACAAGGCAAGAAGAAAGGUAAAGGGAAGAAGAGUCGGUGA